UAGGGCUGGGCAUACAGCUUAAUGGCAUAUGUGUCUGCCUGGUGAGUGCAAGGUCCUGAGUUUGAUUCCUGAUACCAAAAAAAAAAAACCUUUAAAUCCUUUCAUUGUACAAUAAACAGAUACAGAAAACUAUAGUAAUAAAUAUGUAGCUUAGUAAGUUAUUAUGUAGUAAAGAACGCUGUUAGCCCUCAGGACUAAAAACAGAUCUUGUGACAAUUCUUCCUUAUCUUAUUAUGGUCAUCAUCUAGUAGGAUUUUGUUUUAAGGGAAAAAAAAUUUAGCUAUGACUAGCUACUAAUGGUAGAAUAUUAGGCAGUUGAGGAAUGUUUGGGGAAACCACACGAACCAGCCAGAUCUUAGCACAUUUAACAUCCCAUUUUACACAGCUGGCCCCCUCUAUGUCUAUGGUUAAGAUAUACCUUACUGAAAUGGAUUCUGAGGAUUCCACAGAAGUUCGAGCAUAGGGAUGUGUCUUGUGCCUCAACUGCCUGUCAUCCCCUGGUUCAGAAACAGCCAUGCCACACAGCCUUCUCAAAGCAGAGCAAAAGCCAAUCUAGCUUGCAGAGAGAUGGGAAGGUUCAGGAGGAAGGCUGUCUGCUAUGUAUACACGCGAAUCCAGGUCCUCAUCUAAACUUCCCUGCGCCUCAGUUUCUCAUUGUGAAGUAUGGAUCAUGAUACAGUAAACCCUUUAUAAUCCCUUCUUCCUCUCCUAAUGUGACCCCCUUUCCUCAAUCUUUGUUUCUGUUCUCCCUGCCUAGUCCGUCACCCUUUUUUUUUCCUCCUCUUUUUCAUUUUUAUCAGUACCAGGGAUCGAACUCACGACUGCCUGCUUGCAAGGCAGGCGCUUAUGCUGCUGAGCUAAAUUCCCAGCCCCAUCACCCUUAUAAGUAGCCCAUUAUUUUCCUUACCUAAUGAGUAUCUGGCCAGUCUGUCCUUACUCCACUCUGUAUUCUUUACACACCAUGAGCGUACUUCAUCUCCCUGCCUCUGUAAACAUACAUAUAUGUCCUGGCAUUAACACAUGCUUGUAGAAGGAAUGAAUGAAUGUAAAGGGGAGGGAAAUGAAUUGUUUCACAUUUGUGUGUGUGUUCAUCAAUAUUGAGCAAGUGCUUUCAAUGUUCAUACUGAUCUGACCCUUGACACUUGAUCAUUACUCUCUUUCCUUUCCCCUUAUCUUCCUCCUUUCCCAUCCUACUUCUUUCUUCCUUUGCUGUGCCACUGAGCACCUUGCAAGGCAAGACGCAGACACACACAGCAUGCUGAAACAGACACUGGGAAGCAACCCAGUGAAAUGAGGACAAAACCAGCCGAAUGACAUGCAGAGACCCACCAGAAUGAAAAGCAGUGAUUCAUGGAGCUCUGCAGAUCAGACACUCCUUGAGUUUCACUUUGAGAGCUACUGCAGAAUUUGGGUCAUUUGGGGAUGUGGGGGAGGGUGGACAUCAAGAUACAGGGCAGCCAGGCUUCGCCCUGGAGAUUGAUUGCCAGUCAAUCCCUACGCUUUAAUCCCCUCCUCCCACCCAACCACCACUACUCACGUGGACCAGUGUCCUGGGCCUUUAAGAGCUGACUGGGCUGGACUAAGGAAAGAGCUUAAACCUCUCCCCACCCCACUCCUUCCCUCUGCCUGUAACCCUGCCCGUAAUAGCAGCGAACUGCAGAAGAAAAAGGGAGGAAGCAGGCAAGUGCAAAGGAGAAGAGAAAAGAGCCAUGCUGGGCUUCCUUAGCCCACAGUGGAGAGCAUCGCAAAGCUUGGAAGCCUAACUUGCAGACACGGGACUGCUAUCCUGCCUACCACGAUCUCCAGGGUUCAUACAAGCCCUUUGCUCUCCUUAUUCCUUUUGGUGACUCUGGGACUAGCUAGUGGAGCAGAGGACGAUGGCAUCAGUAAUACAAGACCGGUUGACCACUGAUCAGGACCUGCUGCAGAUGCAAGAAGGCAUGCUGAUGCGCAAGGUGAGGUCCAAAAGUUGGAAGAAGCUAAGAUACUUCAGACUUCAGAAAGACGGCAUGACAGUCUGGCAUGCACGGCAGGCCGGGGGCAAUGAGAAGCCCAGCUUCUCAAUCUCUGAUGUGGAGAUGGUGCGGAAGGGCCAUGAUUCUGAGCUGCUGCGCAGUCUGGCAGAGGAGUUCCCACUGGAGCAGGGCUUCACUGUUGUCUUCCAUGGUCGGCGCUCCAACCUGGACCUAGUGGCUAACAGUGUUGAGGAGGCCCAAACCUGGAUGCAAGGACUCCAGCUGUUGGUGGACCUUGUUACCAGCAUGGACCAACAGGAGUGGCUGGACCAGUGGCUGAAGGACUGGUUUCAGCGUGGAGACAAAAACCAGGAUGGUCGGAUGAGCUUCACAGAAAUUCAGCGGCUGCUGCAUCUAAUGAAUAUGGAGAUGGACCACGAAUAUGCUUUCCAUCUUUUCCAGGCAGCAGACAUCUCCCAGACUGGGACGCUAGAAAGAGAGGAGUUUGUACACUUCUAUAAGUCACUAACUAAGCGUAAAGAAAUACGAAAACUGUUUGAAAACUUUUCGGCUGAUGGGAAGAAGCUGACUCUCCUGGAAUUUGUGGAUUUCCUUCAGGGAGAGCAGAAAGAAAAAGAUUAUGCUCCUGGCUGUGCUCUGGAAUUCAUUAACCGCUGUGAGCCUUCAGACAGUGGCAAACUGCGACAUGUGCUGAGCAUGGACGGCUUCCUCAGCUACCUCUGCUCGAAGGAUGGGGACAUCUUCAACCCGGUCUGCCUCCCUGUCUACCAGGACAUGACUCAGCCUCUGAGUCACUACUUCAUUAACUCCUCUCACAACACCUACCUAGUGGGGGACCAGCUGUGUGGCCAGAGCAGCGUCGAGGGAUACAUACGGGCCCUGAAGCGGGGGUGCCGCUGCGUGGAGGUGGAUGUUUGGGAUGGACCUAAUGGGGAACCCAUCGUUUACCAUGGACACACCCUGACCUCCCGCAUCCCGUUCAAAGAUGUUGUCACCGCAGUAGCACAGUAUGCCUUCCAGACAUCAGACUACCCCCUCAUCCUAUCCCUGGAGAACCAUUGCAGCUGGGAGCAGCAGCAGACUCUAGCCCAGCACCUGACUGAGAUCCUAGGGGAGCAACUGCUGAGCGCCCCAUUGGAGGGGCUGCUGCCCACACAGCUGCCCUCACCGGAGCAACUUCGAGGGAAGAUCCUGCUGAAGGGGAAGAAGUUAGAAACAUGUGAGCCGGACGUUGAAGAGGAGGACAAAGAGGAGGAGCCAGAGUGUGACUUGGAGCCACUGCAGGGGACACAGGUGGAAUCUGAGCCUGAGCUGCAGGAGCAGGAGCCGUUCCUUCGGAUUAAAGGCAAAAAGAAGAAACUCAAGCCCAUCUUGUGUCCAGCCCUCUCUGCCCUGGUCUCCUUGAAGUCUGUCCCAUUCCACAGCUUCUCACACUCGAAGGAGCACUACCGCUUCUAUGAGACAUCAUCAUUCUCUGAAAGCAAGGCCAGGAACCUUAUCAAGGAGGCUGGCAAUGAGUUUGUGCAGCACAAUACCUGGCAGUUGAGCCGAGUGUAUCCCAGUGGGCUGAGGACAGACUCAUCCAAUUACAAUCCUCAGGAGCUCUGGAACGCAGGCUGCCAGAUGGUGGCUAUGAAUAUGCAGACUGCAGGGCUUGAAAUGGACAUCUGUGAUGGGUUCUUCCGCCAGAAUGGUGUCUGUGGUUAUGUGCUGAAGCCAGAUUUCCUGCGUGAUGCCCAGACUUUCUUCCACCCCGAAAGGCCCAUCAGUCCUUAUAAGGCUCAGAUCCUAACAAUCCAGGUAAUCAGUGGUCAGCAACUCCCCAAGGUGAACAACACCAAAGAGAAGUCCAUUGUGGAUCCACUGGUCAAAGUGGAGGUCUUUGGUAUCCCUGCAGACACAGCCCGGCAAGAGACCAGCUAUGUGGAGAACAACGGCUUUAAUCCAUACUGGGGACAGACACUGUCCUUCCGGGUCCUGGUGCCAGAACUUGCUAUGCUGCGUUUUGUGGUAAAGGAUUAUGACUGGAAAUCCCGAAACGACUUCAUUGGCCAGUUUACUCUGCCAUGGACCUGCAUGCAACAAGACUGUCCUUUUGCGUCUUUCCAGGUUACCGCCACAUACACUUGCUCUCCAGGGAUGGCACCAGCCUCCAUCCAGCUUCCAUCUUUGUGCACAUCUCCAUCCGGGAAGAGCCAGAGACUGAAUCCUGAGGUGGGUACUUCAGGAAGGAUGGGUGCUGGUUUAGAUAGCAAGAAAAACCUGAAGAACUGUUCCAGAGAGCAAAUGGAGGUGGUAAAAAACUCAAGAUUGGGCACUGCCAGGCACAAAAUUACCUUGCCCUUCUUAACAAACAAAUCUAGGACUUUCACUUUUUUUUCUCUUCCCUUCUCUUUUCACAAGCCUUUCAGUAUCUUUCGUGCGCUUCGUCUUUGUGCACUCUGCUGGAAUUCCUCCUUCCCAUUACUAUAGGCUCAGUCUCAUAUUCAGACCCAUCACUAAUCUCUUCCAUCAAUGCUGGUGUGAAGGCAGAUGGUUGCUGGAAACCUAGAGGGGCCUGGAGUACAGAAACGCACAGCUGUAUUAUCCUUUCCAUCCUAACUUCCUCAAAGCCCAGAGCCAAGGGAAGGAUAAAUCAAGGAUCAAAACUCCCCAGGCAAAGGCUGGGCGAGACCUGACCUGACACUGUACCGACUCUUCAGAGAAUACUGCACAGCCGAGUCCCCACUGCAUGGCUCCUCCUUAGCCCCUGGUAUAGAGUUUUUCUCCAAA